AUGGCGGAGCCACCUGCAAAACGUGCUCGACGUGUUGACAGUAGUGCUAUGUGGGAUUCAAGUGACUCAAGAGCUCGCUCGCCAGAUGCAGCUUCAGACCAAGACCGCCGACGCCCACCACCUCGAGACGACCGACGCGACGGUCCUCGAAACGAUCGUCGAUUCGAUCAGGAAGAUAGACGGCGAGAACGGAGCUGGUCUCGAGAUCGCCGCGACCGAAGGGAUAGAGAUAGGGACGGACAUGGAGCUAGGGACCGGAAGAGGAGUACCAGCCGAGAGCGCGGUGGCUAUGAUCGACGAGGUAAGCAACAGCAGCAGCAUCAGCAACAGCAGCAGCUACGAGAGAGUGGCAAUGUACAAGCCAGGCAUGAAAUCAGGACUGAUCGACAUUUUUGCGCAGGAUAUGCAUCAAAGGGCGACAAAUUCCGCGACCGUUCCCGCUCGCGAUCUCCAGUUCGAAAUGGCAAGGCCCGGUCGAGGUCCAGAUCUCCUCCCCGAGGAAACAAAGGGGACCGUCGCUCUGAUCGCAGAGACCAUCGGUCUCGAGAUGAUGGCCGACAUGCCAAUGGCUCUGGACACAGCAAAGAUGAAAUGGACGUGGAUUUCAAGGAAGAUGCCGACGAGGAUGAAUUCGAGGCUAUGAUGCGCAAGAGCAUGGGUUUCACACGGUUCCGGACUACGAAGAACACCAAGGUGCCCGGCAAUGAUAUCUACGGUGUGCGGAAGGAAAAGAAGAUCGAGUACCGCCAGUACAUGAACCGUACAGGAGGUUUCAACCGACCUCUCAGUCCGUCACGAUGA